UUUCAGCUGUUCGAUUGGGUUGUGUGUGUGUGUUUGGAAAAUCUUUUGUGUUUUUUGUUUAAAAUUUUCUAUUUAAUUCUAUGGAAAACAUAAGUUUUAAAAUGUUUAUUUGUAAAAGCCAUUGAACUUCUCUUUCCGAAAAAAAUAGUGAAAAUUUGAAAUAUCCAUGAAGUAAUAAAUUAAAGCAGCAAAAGUUUAAGCCAUCGAAGUAUAACAGCAGUAAAAGACUUCUACAGUCUGGCCUCGACAAAAUGUCCAAUAGCAUAUUUGCCCAUACAAGAGAGGCGGUACGUGUAAAAGUGAAGAAAUGUGAACCAAACCUUCCACCUGAAUGGCGUAAAUUCAGCGUAGAUCCUCAAAUUACUUCCCUGGAGGUUUUGUACUCGUUAUUGGCUAAGGCUUUCGAUAUAAAGUCGGACUUUUCCAUUAAAUAUAAAGCAUACGAUCCAGCUGGUAAUGAGAUUUACUUGGCCGUCUUGUCAGACUGGGAUUUGGAUGCAGCAUUUCUAAGGAUUCACAAUAUUUCCAUACAGACGUCUACGGAACCAUGUCUGAUGCUGCAAAUAGACAUUAAACCCUUCACAGAGGUAAAAGAAUGGGAUCCUGAUUUAGCAAGUAGCCCCUCAGCAACAUUGAUUGUGUCGAACAGUGCUGGAGCUACGCCCACUGGUUCAACGGCUCGUGAAUUGAUAUCACCACUGCAACAGUCGUUGGGAGUUUCCCAAAAGUAUGUUCAACAGAUGCAGACUAAGUUGCCUGGUCUAAUAAUGAAUCAGAUGGAGAAAACAUUCUCAAUGGUUCAAAAAGCAUUCAAUUUAAAUGAGGAGACAAUGGCAGCAUUGCCUCCAAGACCACCAUUGGCCGAUAAUGAGUUUCGUAUGUUUCUCGAUGCUUUAGGGCAGAUUCAACGUUGUGAUGAAUUGCGUAAAGUAAUAUUUUUUGGUGGUAUUGAUCCUAGUCUUCGCCGGGUAGUGUGGAAACAUAUUCUCAAUGUUUAUCCUAGCGUAAUGAAUGGUCAUCAACGUAUGGAUUAUAUGCGUCGUAAAUCAGAGCAAUAUUAUAAGUUGCGUGAAACUUGGAAGACGGCUAUAAAACAGGGAUAUGUAGUUGGCGAACUAGCUUAUGUAACGAGUAUGGUGAAGAAGGAUGUUUUGCGUACUGAUCGUUUACAUCCAUUUUAUGCAGGCAGUGAUGACAAUCAGAAUAUAGCAGCACUUUUUAAUAUACUCACGACAUACGCCCUCAAUCAUCCAUCCGUCAGCUAUUGUCAGGGUAUGUCCGAUAUUGCUUCACCUUUACUGGUGACCAUGAAUGAUGAAGCUCAAGCUUACAUAUGUUUUUGUGCUAUUAUGAGUCGAGUGCGUGGAAACUUUAUGCUUGAUGGUAUCGCAAUGACACAAAAAUUUGCCCAUCUUACAGAAGCUUUAAGUUUUUAUGACGCCGAAUUUUGGGAAUAUUUAAAGGCACAACAGGCAGAUGAUUUAUUAUUUUGUUAUCGCUGGCUAUUACUUGAGCUGAAACGUGAGUUUCCAUUUGAGGAUGCAUUGCGCAUGUUAGAAGUACAGUGGAGUUCUCUCAAAUAUGAAACAAGUGUUGCUGGAGAUCGCGAGGAAUUGAAAUUGUAUGAAAAAGAAUUUGUACCAACCACAGAGGCGCCAGUUUCAGCAGCUGUAGUAGGUGGUAUUCCGACGCCAGCUAGUGUUUUGUGUGGAAACGGAACAUCACCCAUAAGUCCUUCGUUUUUAAUGGCAAAGCCAAGAGAAAACGCAUACACAAAGGUAUGUGCUUUAAGGCGUCAAAGUUCUUCGGCUUCUCUUAAUUCCCUAAGUUCAUCGCUAAGUACGAGUACGAAUCACUUGGGAUGUAUGAAUGUUCUAAAUUCCAAAUUAGAUGUGACAAAACGUCUUAAUCAAAGUUUGGAUGACAAUAUAACACGCCAUGCUACACGACGUCAACGAAGAGCUUCUUCGAAAGCCCAUCAAUCAUUGGAUGAAACUAAAAUGUUACAACUACUAGAAGGAGUUGAAAAUCCUGUUGGUUCUAUGAAAAAUGAACGAAAUAACAUUGACGAUGAUGAUGAUGUUUUUUCUGAUACAAAUCAUUUCAACUUUCACGAUACUAAUCCAUUUAAGGACACUGAUGAAGAUCCCUUAAUGAAUGCGAGUCAAGUAAAGCAAAUCCCUAAAGCAUUUCUAAGCAGUUCGUCUUCGUCGCUACACGGCGAUGACACAAUAUCAUCAACGACUACAGGAUGUGGUAAUGUUAGUGGCAAUAGUGGCGAUGCUGAUGCCAGCGUUGACAGCAGUAGUGAAUGUAAUAGCCCUGACAACAAAAAUCUUCAGAUGCCCAAAGGAAUAGCAAAGUUACAAAACAAAAACAUACUCUCCAACUAUAAUUCGGUAAGCAAUAUAAUUGCAAAACAACUAGCGACGAAUGUAAGCGAAGGUGUCAAGCGAGUAAGCAGCACCGGUGGUGGACAUUUCAGAGAUCUAAAGGAGAAAAUUGCUGCCACAAGUAGAAAAGGUUUAAGUCUAGAGGAAUGCAACGAAAAAUCCCAACAAAAGCUGGUAAAAAAUUUCAAUGAAUUUCUUAAUUUUGCCUCAUUGAACAAAAGUCGCGUGGCUAAUGCUGAAAAAAUUAGUGCCACAAUAUUAACAACAGAUGGCAAGCCGACAGCAGCACAUAAAUCUAAAACACCAUCGCCAACACACAAUCAAACCUCACCAACACAAACUCUACAUCCUUUAGUGCAACUAACAAAAAGUGGGUUUACUUCCUCCCUAGAUUCGGAUUCCUCAUCGUUACCCGAUACUACUAAUAAUACAUGGAGCUGUUCAACAGCUGCUACAGCAAUACAACAAGCUAAUAAUUUAAGUAGUAAUAGUUUACAACUGGAGCUCAAUUCUCAACUCUCUUCACUUACGCACACCCCAGAACGUACGCCAAUCGCUGAACGCCAAAGAGAUCAAUCUACGCCAAAUUCAACCAGCAAACAUCAAGAUCAAGGUGAUUCCAGUGCCACUCCAGACGACAGCCAAGAGUUGGAUUAUUACCCCAUGACAACAGCCAUUACUCGUGAAUUACGUUUGGAAGCUGAAAACUUAGACCGCCAAUUGUUUGGUGAUUUAAUUUCCAUGAAGGAUGAUGAUGACGGAAAGAAAGAUUCCACGGGUAGUGAAAUAGAAUAUGAAAAAUUGGGCAAAGAUUCACUUGACAUGGUCGAAGAUUUAAAAGAAAAUGAAAUCAUUACUUGUCCCGAAGUCAGCGAACUUAUGAUGAGACGACGUCAACGUGAUAAAUCAUUAGCCGCAAAAAAAGAGGAAAAGCUGUCCAAGCACCUCCUGAAUGGACAAAUUGAUAGCAAUUUGAAUGUACGCGAUGGUGGUGGUAUUGAACCUGGAGAACAAACUAAAAAUAGUAUGUCGAAUGCUUUAAAACUAAAUCCCUUUUUGGAUGAAAGUCUUUUGCGAGAUGAAAUAUUGUCAACAGCACAAAAGACCGGUAGUAUUAGUAGUAGCAGUAAUUUAUAUAAUCUUCCUACAACUUCCACAUCCUUGCCAGAAGUGUUGGUGCCAAUAUCAACAGAUACUCCAGAUGCAACAGCAAUAGAUGAAAUGGCAACAACAGCUGCUGAAGACGAAGUCACUUUUUCCACAAAAUCCCCACCAUUUUCCAGUUCAGCAACCAAUAAUUCCUCACCUACACCCCGUCUACCACCUCCAUCGGAGUUUGGUGGUGGUAAUCCGUUUCUUAUGUUUCUAUGUCUCACUCUUCUAUUGCAACAUCGCAAUACCAUUAUGAAAAGUAACAUGGAUUACAAUGAAAUUGCCAUGCAUUUUGACAAAAUGGUACGCAAGCACGAUGUGACCAGAGUCCUCAAUCAAGCUAGACGCAUGUAUAUCGAUUAUUUAAAAAAUCAAACCACAUACAAUCCACAACAAAAACAAGAACAGCAGUCAACUAUUCCAUGCACUGCGCAGCAACAACAGCCAACAAGUGAUGUCAAUAGAAAUGCAACUGCAUCGACCAGUAAUCAUCAGAAACAUUCCAAAAACAUUCAUCAUAAUUCUCACCAUAAUUCCUCGGUCACGAUUUCAUCUACAUCCACAUCGCCAUCAUUUUUUACCAAGUCAUCAUAAGAUAUUCUAAACCAUUACAGGUAGAAUUGUUUAUGAUUGACGAAACAAAAACACCAAAGAUUUGUUGAAAAUACAAAUGGACUGUGUUUUUCACUUGUUUUCCCUUUCACUUUUGAGAUUAAAUAAUAAAUUUGGAAUAAGAAUACGAUUUUUUUUUUAUCUCCUAUGUAUGUGUACUUAAAGUUGACAUUUUUAAUUCUUUAGAUUAUUUACAUAUGUAUGUAUGUGUGUAUUUAUUUUACUAUAUUAUAUUAUCUUAAUAUUUAUGUAUCAUUUUUAUUAAGACAAGUUUUUGUAUCUAAUUUUAAUUAAUUUAUUCUACUAAAAAUAAAAUCAACAUACAUAUGUAUAACAUUAAGCUUUAAUUAUUUAACUAACGGUUAUUCUUAAUCUUAAACAACACUCAAUUAAAACAUUUUACGGCAACAACUAAGCAAGAGAACAAAGUUAAAAAACUCCAUAGAAUUCCUCCUCACUUACUUUAUACAAUAGAUUUAUUAUAAAAUGUAUGUGUAAAUUAAAUAAAAUUGGAAAUUCUAAUUCAAAAUAAUAUGAAUUCAAUAUAUACAAACAAUAACAACAAUACUAUAAAUUAGUGAGUAAGUAAAAUGUAAAAAAAAUCCACAACACACCAUAUUUCAAAUUCGCUUUUAAAAUCAAUAAUAAAUUUAAUUAUUUAUCGAUUUAA